CGCAUGCAGCCCGCUAAAUCCUUGUUUUCUCUACUGUCAUACCCCUGUCCCGGAAUUGGAGGCUGUGAACCACAAGCUUCCGAGGUGCCACAAACUUUGUUGUCCUGCGCUUUUCCUCGACCUGGCGGUCUGAACUUUUGAAUCCGCGCCGCAUUGCUGCCGACCACAUCGCUGCAAAUAUUCUGCGCAAGCGCUGCUGUUAUCACCUGCAGGCCACGGCCACAGCUGGGGCGGUGCCCUUCACUUUGGCAGCAGCAGCGGAGCGCAUCAUGCAGCCCGCUGAAUCCUUCUUUUCUCUACUUUCACAGGUCGUGCUGUGGCAGCCCCGCGGCGGGGAGCCAAAUCGAGAAGGUCGCCAGCCGAGUGCCGGUGGCUUCACUGCAGUCGCGGACAUGGAGGCAUCGCGGGUGACCUUCCUGCUGCUGUGCGUGGUGCUGGCCGCCUUAUUGCUGGCCGCCUUAUUCUGCGUGCAGCGACAACACGCCGCCGCGCCGCUGCCUCAGCCGCACAUCGUGUUCAUCCUAGCGGACGAUCUGGGCUGGAACGACGUGAGCUACCACGGCUGCCCGCAGAUUCGCACGCCAAACAUCGACGCCCUUGCCUGGAACGGGAUCCGGCUGCGCCGCUACUAUACGCAGCCGCUCUGCACGCCGUCCAGGGCAGCGCUGCUCACGGGCCGCUACCCCCUUAACAUUGGAUUACAGCAUUCAGUCAUCUACAACGAGGAACCGAGGGGGCUUCCACUUUCGGCUACACUGUUGCCCCAGUGGUUGGCAGACCUCGGAUAUGUCACUCAUCACCUGGGAAAGUGGCACAUCGGUUUCUUCAAAAAGGAGUACACUCCCACAAUGCGAGGGUUCGAACGGCAUGUGGGCUUCUGGGGCGCCUACAUCGACUACUACAAGCACGAGAAGACCUAUCUCGGGUCAACUCAGUCGCCAGGGCUGGACAUGAGAAGAAAUUUCUUCCUAGCCAGGAACGAUAGUGGAAGAUACGUCACUGAGCUCUUAACUAUGGAAGCCUUGGAAGUUAUCGAAAAUCAUCCAGAAGACAAGCCUUUGUUUUUGUACCUGGCACACCUAGCUCCCCACUCGGCCAGUCCCCAAGAUCCUUUGCAAGUGCCUGACAAGUACGUCGAGCAGUACCGAGACAUCGGGUCUCCGGAACGGAUGAAGUACGCAGGCAUGGUUUCGGCCCUGGACGAGUCCGUGGGCCUGGUGUUCGAGGCCCUGGCGAAGAAGGGCAUGCUGAGCAACACUUUGUUGGCCUUCAGUUCGGACAACGGUGCCGACGUGGCGGGUCCAAACGCCAACUACGGGCAAUCGUGGCCGCUGCGGGGCCAGAAGUACAGCCCUUGGGAAGGAGGCGUGCGCGCGCCGGCCCUCCUCUGGAGCCACGCGCUCGGUCCCAAGGUCCGAGCCGGCGGCGACUACGAGCAGCUGUUCCACAUUGCCGACUGGCUGCCCACUCUGUAUCAGCUGGCGGGAGGCGAUCUGGCAGACCUAGGCGACAUCGACGGAGUCAGCCACGCGGACGCGCUGGUGGGUGACGCGAGUCUGCUGCCGCCACCGCGCACGGAACUCGUGGUGAACAUUGACCCGAUUGACAACUACUCGGCCAUCAUCGACGGCCGCUUCAAGCUCGUAAAGGGCGUCGCGGAAGGGGGAGAGUACGAUCAGUGGUACCCGAUAGUGGGCAACGUCGACUGGAACUCGACCAAGCCCCUGGAACAGUGCAAGGCGUCACCUGUGGCUCGGGUGCUGAGGAGCUUGGGCUCGGAAGCGGCGUGCGGCCCGUUGGGCGGCGCCUCUCCCAUCAACUGCGGCGUCCGGGACUCCGCAAAGAUGUGCCGGCCCACUGUGGCGCCUUGCCUGUUCGACCUGGACGAAGACCCGUGCGAGUAUAAUGACGUCGCCGCCGAGCAUCCCCAGUUGGUGAAGAACCUUCUCUCUACGCUGAGACGAUACGAGGAUGCGUCCACGCCUCCCGCAAACCUCCCACACGAUCCUUUGUCAGAUCCAGGACGAUACGACAACGUUUGGAUCCCCUGGCGAGAUAGGCUGCCGUGAUAUGAUAGAAAGGAGCGGCCGUGCUUCAAUUUUCAAAUUCCUUUUUCGGCGUCGUCGCUCGUGACCGAGAUGGCCUCCUCUUUUUUUUUCGUUUCUUUUUUUUUGCGCGCGCGAGGCAUAGACACUGCUUCAGCACGAAGAGCGAGCGUUCCUAAAGCAGUCGCACGUCAUUGGAACUUUGACGACGCCGAGUAGAGAUUACGGACGGCGUUGCAUCCAUGGACAAAUCAUUUCCUAUUUUUAUUUUUAGUUUAGAACGAGUCAUUAUCGCUGUAUUUAGGUACGGACAGGACGCAAUAGCGAAUGAUUCCCGACCAAUCUCCGAGGCUAUCAAUUGGAUUUCGAUAUAAGAUUUGCGUCUACCGGUUUGUCCACUUCAGUGGACAUGCCCUUAAUCAUACCACGAAAUAUGACCAUAUUCGCGAUAUGAUUGUAAAAAACUCUCAUAGUGACGCAUUCUGUUACCAUAUUUCCAGAUAUGAUGUUACAGAAGUGAUAAUAAAUUGCAAUCACUUUGUGAUGAACUCUUUAUCUCGUGUUUUUAAGUGCGCGCUUAAGUUUUCAGCGAGUCAAUUUGAGGAAUUUAAUGUUAGUAUUCCACCUAAAUUCAAAUACCAUGGCUCGUAUACACAGAACAGUCCGUUCUCUAUAGAGGCUUAGACAUACUAAGCCGGUCAGUCUAUAUAAUAGCGAAUAUGUUAUCAGCAAAGGCGGCCUACAGUGACAAACAGUUCUCACAAAAAAAGUAAGAAAAUGUAAGGACUCCAUCUUUGUUUAAGUAAGCGAGCGGACUGUGACUGAAAGCGGAUGAAACCAUACCGUGGCAAUGUUAUAGUUUUUAAAGCGAAAUAAGGAAUGAAGACACAAAAAUGAAGCGGGCCGUACGCCUGCGAUCUUAGCAUGUCACGGGCGGCGCUUCACCCAUAUGACUACGCAGUGGCUGAAUUCCUCCAUACUUUCAUUGUUGUUUGUGUGAAUCCGUAAUUUACAAACCUCCCUUGCUGAUCACAACGGCCAAUGCGGAACAUUCUCUCCCACGCUGCUUCGCUCCACAGUAAAGCAGCGUCUGAUAUAUAUUUGUUCCACAUUCACCACAGAGCUUAAGUGUCUUCUUUAUUUAUAUUCAAUAAACGUUUCUUCUCUCUACCAAACGCUGCAGCAUGCAUUCUCACUAGUACUAUUUUCUUUAUCCAGUUAGCCCUCUUUUUCUUGAUUACCGAGCUUUAAAAAUAGCGGGCACAAGCUACUUAUAGCGAACGCAAGAAGUAAUAGAGAGUUUUAAAAUAGGGGCCUCAAUAGUUUGGGGCCCCAAAGAGCUUUGCGGGUGUUAGCGUUGGGGUACGCAGCAGUGAAGAGUUUUAGAAUAGGGCUUUGCGUUUGCAGAUAGCGUCUUGCGCUGACAGCGCCACUACGGCGUGAAAGAAAAGCUGUUAGAAAUAAUUAAAUAAAAUAUACCAUUUUAUGAAAGGAAUAGUAAUUUUGAGUUGCGUGUAUUCGCGUUCAAUUACAAUUUAGAGGUUAUACUGUAAGCAGCAAACAAGUUGCGCUUAGUUUUGAGCGAACCAACUUUACGUGCCUUCACCAGCCAAGCUUAGCCGUUUUAGGCCUACGAGCCAUAAUAUCCACAAUUGAAUUCGGAAUCAGCGGCGCCUAAUGAAUCAAUCUUCAUAACACACGCUAGUUUAGAGAAAGCGAUAAGCGCAGUCACUUCUCCUAGCUUGCGAACUUCACGCGUUACCACGAAUCGAACCCAGUUUGGUGCUAGGUUAGAGCCGUCGCUUCGAUGGGUGCCGCCAUGUUUGCUGACGCAAAGCUUUUGGGGCCGCUAUUUGGGCUCCCGCUAAAUCGGUGAAAUAGCGUUCCCAACGCAAAACCCAAACGCAGCUUGCGUCUCGCGCAUGCACAGCGACGCUAUUUCUUUGGGGCCCCAAAACGUUUGGGGCCCAUAUUCUAAAACUCUCUAAUAGGGUCACAGGGCGCAUACAUACCUUCAGAAUGAAAACUCUGCUUGUGUUAUUUUGUGAUGUUUGUGGGCUGUCAUUCUCAAAAUUCCGAGUAACGACUCUGUCAAGAAUGUAAGACAAGGUAUGAGCAACUUCAGCGAUAAAAUGAUGUGACAAUAUAACCCGUAUAUACCGCAUGUCAUACAUCAAAGCGUGGCAUAUACAUAUACAUAACUAUAUACGGAAAUUUUCGCUCACGGAAAACUCCGCCGUCGCCGACACUGAAUUUUCUGUGACACGGGGCCCUUAAUGAUAUAAUGUUAUUAUAGGCACUGUGGGGCACUGGAUAGUUUAAUGUGAUUAGCAUUCUUUGCCUACUACCCUUACAUAACAAGGCCUUGAAUCUGGCAGCACUGCUGUUUUCAGGUUAGCAUGUGUGGGUUUAUUAACCAGUUGCCUUCGCCAAAAAUAUUACGUACACGUGACGCCUGCGACAAAAAAAAAGGAUGUUCCACAUGCGCCGUCAAGGCCGUGAGGCGUGGCGCUGACUAACAUUCACAGGUUCAGUUCUAGUAGAUUAACAUAAAUACCCCUGAAAGUGGAUGGGAAAACGGCACCGCGAUAGCUCAGUUGGUAGAGCAUCGCACGCGUAAUGCGAAGAUGCGGGUUCGUGCCCCACCUGCGGCCAGUUUUUGAUCCAAUUUCGUUUCCGUUAAUUUAUCAUUUCUUUAAUUCAGUUAAAAAAUAAAUGUAAUUUCCCCUAUGC